CUUGCCGGGGAUCUCGCUGGGUAACUUGCUUCAGACAACUAGCACCAUGGCGUCCGGCUGCAAGAUUGGCCCGUCCAUCCUCAACAGCGACCUGGCCAGUUUAGGGGCGGAGUGCGUUCGGAUGCUGGACUCUGGGGCCGAUUAUCUGCACCUGGAUGUAAUGGACGGGCAUUUUGUUCCCAACAUCACCUUUGGUCACCCUGUGGUAGAAAGCCUCCGAAAGCAGCUAGGCCAGGACCCUUUCUUUGACAUGCAUAUGAUGGUGUCCAGGCCAGAACAGUGGGUAAAACCAAUGGCUGUAGCAGGAGCCAAUCAAUAUACUUUUCAUCUCGAGGCUACCGAGAACCCGGGGGCUUUGAUCAAAGACAUUCGGGAGAAUGGAAUGAAGGUUGGCCUUGCUAUCAAACCAGGAACUACAGUUGAGUAUUUGGCACCAUGGGCUCAUCAGAUAGAUAUGGCCUUGGUUAUGACAGUGGAACCUGGGUUUGGAGGGCAGAAAUUCAUGGAAGAUAUGAUGCCAAAGGUAAAAGAAGUAUUUGGUUCUGGGGUUCACUGGUUGAGGACCCAGUUCCCGUCUUUGGACAUUGAGGUUGAUGGUGGAGUAGGUCCUGACACCAUCCAUAAAUGUGCAGAGGCAGGAGCUAACAUGAUUGUGUCUGGCAGUGCCAUUAUGAGGAGUGAAGACCCCAGAUCUGUGAUCAACCUGUUAAGAAAUGUUUGCUCAGAAGCUGCUCAGAAACGUUCUCUCGAUCGAUGAAACCACAAGGAGUCCAGUGUUUCUGCUUAUGAGAUCUCCUUUUUAUUGGAAAACAAGAAUAUUGACUACCAAAUCGUACCACAGUUGAGGCAGUGCUGCUUUUCCAAGCAAUUAUUCAUUCCAGUGACUAAAAUCCAUUUUGCAGAAUGUUCCAAGAGGUUAGAAAUUGGUGUGUAUUACGUUUUCAGUGAGGAAUUUAAAGAUUAGUGUGGCAAAAUUCCAUUUUUACUGGGAGACUUGAUUUUUAUAAAGAGUAAAAAAUAUGGCUGUAUCAAGGUUAUGAACAGAAAUGUGUCUUAAUGACUAAGGAAGGCAUACUAGCUACUAUGAAAAAAAUUUUUUUUCUGAAUUUCUAAGAAGAGUUUUCUUCGCUUCUUGGCUUUUCUGAAAGCAAAGGAAGUCCUGUUUUUCCUGUUUCGUGUCAUUUUUGAUUUGUGUAUUUGCAUGAUAACAACUAAGUUUGGAUCUGGCUGGGAUGGAUGGCUCUUCUAGCUUUGAAAACAUCUAUUUUUUACUUUGCACCUUAUAUUUGAUACAUAAAAAAAACAGUGUAUUAUGAAGUCCAGGGAUUUUCAGGUGGUCUGUUGUAAAAAGCAAGCACAAGUUUUAUCAGGGUGUUUUCUUUGUUAACUUUGCUAUAGCGGCAGGUUAUUCAGUGGUGCUUCCCCCACCCCCUACCCACCCUCCACCAACCCCAUUUCCCCUUUUUCUUAAUCACACCUGCUGUUCUGAAGGACAUAAAAUGUUUUCCUAGCUCUAUGCUAAAAGGAAAGGAAGGCCUCUAUUUGGAAGUAAUAUUAAGUUGAAUCCUGACUCUCUUCCCCUUUCUAUUUGUUUGACCUUAGCAAACCAAUCCAACCAACCUCUUUGAGCUGAUUAUUAACUGAUUUAUGUAUUGAAUGUAAUCAUAACAACAGUGGGGGGUUGUGUUGAGGAUUAAGAGAUACUAUUAAUUAUAUACGUAAAUCUUCCACUACUAUUCCUAGAAUUGUAGGGUAGUAGAAUUUGAGGAUGCUCAAUACAAAGUAGCUAUCAUUAUAUAAAUGUAUGCUUUGUAGAUUAUAAAGUAUGUUGAUGAUAUAAUCUCAUUAAACCCACAAAUCAGUCCUAUGAAUGGUAAGACAGGUAUGUUUGUCCCCAUUUAAAAAAUGAAGAUACUAAAUAAAGCUCAAUAGGCUGGUACCGUGGAAAGGAUCCAGUAAAGAAUAGUAUUUCUGUACUCUUUUUACAGAUGGAGCCCUUGGGAGGUGGAUUAAGCAAAGGAAGCUUCUUUUACUUAACGUUCUCUUAUUUCCAGUCUAGCUUUACCCUGUAGCAAAACCAGAUGGCUGAGAAUAUUCUGCAACUAUGGAUUUUGACUCCAAGGAUAUAUAUUUUAUUAAUCCAAGAAAGACCAGGUAGGCUAAUAUAUGGCAAGGUACAGGGUUAAUCUGUAAACUAAAUAUUUAUGAUUGUGUCCCAAAUUACACUUUGACAAUAGAUACAUAUUAGCUACUUCGUUCUUGUAAAUAAUCUUGCUGUGUAAUACACAUGGCAAGAGAUAACAGGACCAGUGUCAUUAAAUAUUUUUCAGGCUACUAUGAGUGAGUUUUGAGAAAUAAGGUUUGGAAAAUAAGAAUGUUAACACUUAAGCAUAGAAUAGAGCUUGCCUGGUUUCUUCUGUGUUACAAGGUAAAAACUUAUUUCUUACUGUUUUUUUUUUCUUUAUUUUGGCUUAGGAAAGGCUUGUGCCACACGCAUAGGUGACAUUUAAUCAAAUCAGACAACACAAGGCAUAUAGAAAUAACUUUAAUUAAAAAAACUUACAUAGAAGAUUAUAACAUCAGUCAUGACAAAAAAAAAUUCAGUUUAUUUGUCUGGACAACUUGGGUUGUUCUGGCUUUUGUUUUCUUUUUUAAAAUAUAAAUGUACAGUAAAACUACAAGCAAAAUUUUUCAGCACUGAACUUGAAAUUUUUUUCUUCUUUAAAGGGACUAGUACAAUUUCUAAUCCCUAACAAAAACUUAGUGUCAGAUCCCCCAGAUUAGGCCAGUUGGCUAGGAUUGUCAGUUAUAUGGGUACUACAACUUGAAUAAAUCUUUUUUACAUGAGAAAAAGUGAUUCAUAUAAAUUGUCCUCAAUUUUUACAUAUAACAAAAUGAUGUAAUAGUGUCAAAAGGAAUUUUACUUAAUGUACACUCCAGUAUCCAAUAUUGAAGCAUUAACCUUUUAAGAAUUUUAUUUCUCACUCUAGGAUAGAUGCUUAUUUGAAUAGAGUAAGAAGUGGUAGGGAAUGACCAAAAUAACUAAAAGUACAAUAAUAUACUAACAGGAAUUUCCUGUCUGUUGCUCAUUUUAAGUUGGGUGUUUUCUCUUCAUGAGAUACAUAAAAUAGAUAAAACUCAAGUUGAGUUUUUAAAGGUGUGAUAGUUUUAAAAUACAACAAUAUUUAACUACUUUGCUUUUCUUACUCUGUUAGGAGUGAAUAGAAAAUAACCUGUGUUUAACCCAACAGAUAUCAGUGAUUUCAAAUGAAGGAGUAUUGUGUUAUCUGGUAUAGAAAUUUCCAUAAAUAACUUCUAUUGGUUAAAUGUGUUUUUUUAAAAAAAUUCCUUCUCCAUAGUCAAGGCUUACAGAUGUUCAACACCAUUGGAAAUCUGUGUUUCUUUAUGGUUCAGCUGAUAUUUCAUGGGGUAGUUCAUACGUGCAUUUUCAAGUGGAGUGGUCACUUGGCAGUGUUUUUUAAAACUACUUAUAUGUGUGUAUAUGUAUGCAUGUAUACUCUAUACACAUGUAUUUUAUAUUCUUAAUAUAUUUCUGAGGCAAUUUAAAGAAUAACCACGUGUAUAGAAAAAGAAGAGCUGUCAUUUGAUGCAUAGGUAUAUGUGGGUGUGGGUAUAAGUUGUUUAAAAAUUAUUAUUUACCCAGUAAUGUGAUUUGACAUCAAAUUGCAGCAGUUAAUUUUCUGGUGCUUGUGAUCUGCAUCAAACACAAAUGACUAGCAAUUGUCUGUAGGUGAAAAGCUAGUUACUCCUGUGGUUCAGGAAGGAAAAUGAGACAUAACUUGCCUGUUUCAUAAACAGCACAAAAGAUUAAUACAUGCAUCUGCACUACAUGCUGUUACUCUGGAAUUGUGACUGUGGAGGGGGUGGGGGAACAGGGCUUAUUUUUUCUCCUGUUUUCCCAUUCAGUUACAUCGUUUUCUUAACCUGUUCCCUGUCACUGAUUUUUCUUAACGUGAGUUGAGUAAGUCCUAGACCAAGGGUUUUGUGUUCCUCCAUUCCGUCCGCCUGCCUUUGUGGAUGGUGGCCGUUCUCUGGUGCGCUGGGACAGAAGACUUCACCAUGGAAAGCUGGGCUUGAUCUUUCCAUCUGAUCAUUUUUUUCAUCUUGGCAUAAUAAGGCUGCUGUGUCUUCAUCUUUCAGCGGAAAAGCCCGUCGUUCCCACCCCAAAGACUGAAAGAGAAAACGUUUUCAGUUAAGUUUCAACUAAUUUGUUUAAGUUCAUGUCUCAAUCUGUAGCUGUCCGUUUUGUAGUAACCAUAGUUCUGUUCUUUAGCACAUAAAAGUACAAAUUCUCAUUUGGUCCUGAGUAUCUAGCAACUCAAAGUGGAACGUACUGAGGAUUACUUAGGGACCUUUGGGAAUCAUUUUUUUCACUUUGCCUCUUUCACGGAGAGGGAAACGCUGCCAUUAGGGCACUGGUCUUCAUUUUCAGCCUAGGAGCACUUUGGGGAAGGCCCUUUAAAAGUGUUUGGAUCGUCUUCCUCAGUAUCUCCAUUUUCAUCCCAUCAUUAUUACAGACGCCUAUUGACUUUUCUUUCCCUGUGCUUUCUAUGACUUGCCUGUUAAUUUCUAUUGUCUCUACUCUCUUGUUUCUAGAUAUGGUUCUUCUUUUCCAACACCUACUGAUGAAGAAAAGUACAAGAACUUUAUAGAUGCAGUGUUAGAAAACGCUCCCAUUGGGGUUAAAACUGGACAAAUGGGGAGACAAGUAAAAAUCUUUUCUAAGGGGAAGAGAAAUAUCUAACAUUUACUAUGUGCCAGGUGUCAUUCUGUUUAAUCCGAUUUGGUUUGUAAUGAAACUGAUAGAAUUCCCAUUUUCUAACACAUAAGUGAACAGGUGGAAUUAGGUACUGACGUGUUACAUAAAAGGUCAGGGAAGUAUCUGUAGUUAGUGAUGGAACUAGAAUGCUGGAACACAGAGCCUCUGAUUCCUACACCCAGCAUUCUGUACUGGACUGUCAUACUGAAUCUGUUAUGUAAUGAUGACUCCUUAAUUAUCAAUAAGCAAUUCUAUAAACAAGUUUUUAAAAGUCAAUUAAAAGGAGGUUUAACUAGUUACGUAUAACACUCCUACCUUGAUCUCUGGACUCUGACUUACUGAAGGUGAGGUGUGUGCACUGGGGUCCUGGCUCUCUGAAGGAGGCCCGGCGGGACUCUCAGCAGCACAGUGCUGCCCACCACUGAAGUAGUUAGGGUAUUCUUUCAAAAGCAAGUCCUGUCCUUCAACAUUUUUACUGUAAGCUCUAGCAAGAAAAUCAAGAAAAUAUGUAAUUAUUUGUUGAUGUCUUAACAUUUUAUGAACAACCUAAGGUAUCGUUCAUAAAGUCAAUUGAACUUGGUAGCUUUUUUCAAACAGCUCUGCCCAAAAGAUUUUAAAAAAUUCAUCUGCUGGUCUUCCCGAUGUUAUUAUCCUCACAUCUCAAAGACUUGAAUAGUAUUUUAUGAAAUCUCUUGCCAAAUUAUUAUAGUGAUUUUGUUUUGUUACAGUUUGGGUUUUUUUUUUGUUUGUUUGUUUUUUUCCAGAAAACAGGAAAAGACAGUUACUUGACUCUUACAGUCUGAGUUCCCAGAGUAUCUAUGAUUAUCGUAAUGUCGUCUAUGAAGGACUCGAUUCCCAUUUUCCUCUGUCCUUCUGGAAAACUGUACCUCUGGAAUGUGGAGAAAGUUGAGAACAGAAUCUCAUGUAUGUUAGGGUAACUCUUAGAAUAAGGCUCUGUAACAAAUCUGGGUAUCUUGAGACCUAAACAGAGAAAUGUGUUUUACAAAUAAUAAAUGAGAGAUGCUCCACACUAAAGUGACUGUCAGAUUUCAACAUGAUCUUGCAUUUUGAGUUUUGGCUAUAUUAAAAAUAGUCCAAUUAAAUAUAAAUACCAGGUAUUUUCUCAAAUACAUGACUACUGAUUAUAUUGUUAGGAUUUAUCCCCCCUUCCCUCAAAGUCAUGUUCCAAGUAUUUUAGGCGAUUUGCUUUUUUACCCUGGAUAGGUUUCUUGAGGGUUUUUUGGUUUGUUUCUUUUUAAGAAAAACAUUUCUGAAGUGGCUUUGUUACAGAUUACCCAGAUUCUAAUCCCUAGUGUUAGGUCCACCAUUACAGUACACUGAAAUGACCUAUUUAUGGAGAAUUUUUCAUAUUGUUUGCUCAGUUAAAUCUAUUACUGAGGCUGACAAUUAGCAUGAGAAAUUGAGUGGAGUAAAAUAUAAAACUCCUUUCAUCAUUAUGUAAUUAGCCUGAAUAUAUUUUGAAUGUAAACUCAGUAUAAGCAGUGUUUCACUUCUAGGGCACAAACAGCAGAUGUUAUAUAGUAUGUUUUCUUCAUUUUCAGUGGUCUCCCUCGUUAUUAUGCAGAAUUAUUGGAGAUUUCACAUGGAUUCCAUGGUUUUGGGGUUUAAAUUUACAACACUUGCCUGCUGUUUCUUCUAUGCCACUUGCUUUGCUCCCAUAGUGACCAUCUGGCUUGCUCUUUCUCUUCAUAUUUUUUGUGUCUUAGGGAGAAGACUGCAUCAGAGAGGUCUUCUAUCUGGAAUUAGAAAUGAAAAGUUUUGCUUUUAUCAGAAACAUUUUGAAAUAUGAGAACAGGUGUCAGAGUUCCUCAUCAGGAGAACAACAAGAAGAAAACUAAAAUAAAUGCAGUCUAAGUCAGAGAACAAAUGUUAUGAGAGGAGGUUCAAAUUCCUAAAAAGAGGGAGUUUAAAACUUUUUUACUGUUGGGUCAUGUUUGAAGACUUACCUAGAAUACUUAUAGUACCUUGAGUACAUAUAGGUUCACAGUGCUUUCCACUUAUGUAAAAAAUCCUUAAUGCUUUAUUCAUCCAAAACUUUGUAUUGAUUGCCCCUUACGGAGUAUACUGUUCGUGGAACAUAUUAAUAUCAAAGAAAGUAAAACUGUCUGAGGUAAAUGAGAAUUAGUUUAAUGAGUUACUUAUCUGGAGUUCUAAGGCUCCGUUGUGUUUCUGGCUAGGGUCAUUCUGAACUAGGGAAGGGUGCAUGAAAAGAGGGAAGGGCAUUAAAAAGUAAAUUUUGGUAGUUGAAAAACAUGAUCAGUUGGCACAGAAAGACUGUAAUGGAAACAGUGUCUUAUAUAAUAUCUGCUUCAGACUAUCACUUUGAAUUAGUUUGGUUAUACAGUAUCUUUCCCUUUAAUUUUUCUUGUCUUACUAUAAGUUUUAUCCAUACAGGUCCACAAUCCCUUUCCUGUAAUUCAAAAAAUCUGAAAAAACCAAGUUUUCAUAAUUCAUUUGGUGACACAAUCUUAUCUGAAAUGAUGUGGGGCUAUUCUACUUUCUAUUAAUAUUUCACUAUAGAAACAUUAAUAUUUGAUUAUGAGAACUGUCCUAGACUCCCUACAUGUAUUACAUGAUAUAUGUACCACAUUACUUUCUAAAAUCCAAAAUUUUCCAAAUUCAAAAGCAAUUGUUCGCAAGAUUUUGCAUAUGGAAUUGUAGGCUUGACUAUUAAACUAAAUACCAUGCAGAAAAAUAUGACUAAUACUGGGAAUUGAAUAUAUUCACAUAAAUUCAAUAUUUCAACAACUCAUGUAAGGAAAUGGUAUGUUUUGUUUUUGCUUUUCUUUAUUUAUACAUUUUAUCUUUGUAGCCAAAUUUGCACAAAACACUUUCCUAAUCAAAUUAAUAUCCUUAAAGGGGAACUUUCUUUUCAUAAGUUUUGAAAAUUAAAAAAAAUCAGUGUAUGUUCCUCAAAUACCAAAUUAAGCACAUGGGGAAAAAAAUGAAGCAGGCUUCAUAAUAUAUUAAGUGCAGUAAGUGAAAGGCAGCUUACCUCUUCUUCACCCAAAUUAUAUUCAUCCAGAGGCUGAAGAACAACCGUCCUCCAGCUGUUGAAGAUACAAACAAAUCUCAAACAGCUUUUGUUAAUCUAUAUAAAUGUAGCAAUUUUAGUCUGUAAGCACAGCUAUUAUACUAGUGUUUUCUUUCUUUGGGAUUUCCGUAAUUCAAAUGGUUGUAUCUUAGUACUUUAUCUUUUAAAAGAGACAACAUAUUUGCAUUAUGAGAAGAGGACAGGAGAAGAUGAGGCUUUACUUUUGGCCUUACAAUAAACAGUCUCUUCUACAUAGUUGCGUUUUAUACCUAAGAAUGUACUAAUUUUGAAAUAAGUUAGUGGUAUGCUGACAAACUGGCUCAGAAAAUAAAGAGGAAAAAAGCUCUGAUUUUUAGCAUUUGCCAAUUUCUUUGUGUGAAGAUUCCCAUCAUGGCCUCUUGUGAGUUUAACAGCCGUAUCACAGAAUCCCUACGUACUAAACAACCCGGUCAGCCAGCCGGCUCCAGCCUACCAGUGUAAAUUGAAAACACUGUUGCUAUAGAACAUCUAACCACAAAUGUUAUUUCUUUACUUAAUGUAGAAUAUGUCAACAGAUUCCUUGCAGAAAUUCUCAUAAUACUUCCUAGAGUAUUAAAGAGUUCUCUCAGUGCCUCAAAGCAAUUACGAAUAAAAUAAUCAAAUUAGUUAGAAUAGAGAUGGGUAGGAAUUACUAUAAUUGUCAACCAGCUCUUGUCUCUGUUUCCAUCCUUUUCUAUUACUACUUGGUGCCAGAUUAAUAAUCUUAAACCUCUUUCAUCAUGACUAAAAAAUUUGCCUUUGCUGCCAGCAGGAAACAGAUCUGUGUAUGGCAUUCAAGGACAUCCACAGUCUCGUGACAACUUUUCGAGCCUUCAUUUCCUUUAUCACCCUUCACAAAACCUCAGUCUCUGGCUUAGCCUUGCACAGGUUGUCACAGGUGUUAUCAUCUUACACUGCGAAUACUCUAUGCAAAGGUAGUUGCUUUCUUUGAUCUCUGUAGCCUUGUGCAUAUCUCCAUUUUAAAGAGCAAAGAUUAUCUGUUAGUGUAAUUAUUUACAUCCCUAAAGUACCUUUUAGUACCAUAUCUACAAUAGAAAACUAAAUAUUGAAUGAAAAAACACUCUAAAAGUGCUAAAGUAUUGGGAAUUUCCAUUUCUUAAAACCUGAGAAAGUAGUGCUACUAUAUGGCACUGUUUUUCAGCAUGAGUAAUGUUAAAGUUUCUUUCACCAUUUUCCCUCCAUGUAACCAUAACUGGGAGGAAGGCAGAAAGGAGCAUCUUUCUUUCAUUAAAUAAAAUUUUAAGUCCACUGAAAAUUUAAGUUUAUUCAAAAAAAGGAAAAUUAAAGAAUGUCAGUAUACAUACCUUGGAGUAACUAUUUCCUUAUAUUGGAGUUUCUCUAAUUUAGCUGGGGCCACUAAUGACAUGGGAAUCACAAUAUUAUCUAUAUCAUAAGAGCUCUCACUUCGCAAUCGUCGUCGUGCAGUAUUCUGCAAGAUAGGAUUGUAGUUUUACAAUAGUAUUUGGUUACCUGUAAUGAUACUCUCUUUUUACGAGUUAUAUAAAGAUAACAUGGCAGUGCCUUUAAGUUUUAUACAUUGUUAUGAAAUCUGAGUAUAAAAUGUUAAGAAAAACAAAGUAUAUGUAUCUUUUAUGAACCAAUACAUUUGUGUGUGGACACCUUCAGGCCUAUUUUUAAGACCAUUAAAGUAUGAAUGCCUUAAAAUACAAAACUUAUCAGAAAAGUGUACCAUAAAGCACCCUAAAUGUCAGUUAAAUGAUCUUUUAACUCAUUUUUUAUUAGGAAAGGCUAUGAAAUGUUUGGUGAGCCAUUUAAUAAAGAUCAUUUUUACAAUCUUCAUUUAUGUGUUCCUGGGUCCCUGAGCUUCAUGCUGUUUUCUCUAAAUCCUCCCACGUUUUCACCUCUACUCCCUACCAGGUAAUGAAACAGAACAAAGUAAGAACACAGUGCUGGAUUCUUAUUAGCAAGAUUAUACUUAGCAUCAUGUCAAGAAGUAGGGAUGGUUAUGAUAAAGUUUAAAGUUUUUAACAUACGAAAAAAGCCAUAACCAAGGAUUAAUGUACAAUUAGCUUCCCUAGUAAAAAAAAAAAAAGUUUAAUCAAAUUUAUUGCUUCUUAAUAAGAUAAUUCUGAAUAUGCUAAUUAUGUGCUAGUAAGUAAGGCUGUUAUAGAUUAACAAAAUAUCUAUAGCAAGUUCCCCUCCCCCCACCAGAUCUGCCAGGUUUAAAGGUCAUAAAGCUACUUUAAAGUUCACUGUACAAAAACCUACUUGUGAUGAUGAAUUCUGGGUUCUUGAUAUAACAUUGACAUUAGUAACUGCAGUAAAAUUGCUCUGGGAUCCUGGUUCUGUGUGUUGAAUAGCAAAUUCUUCAAAUCUACUUU